GUGGUAGAGGCUCAUAAGCAAGGUCUCAGACCAGCCGUUGGCUACGAGCUCAACCCCUGGCUGCUGUGUCUCUCCCACUACCGGGCCUGGAGGGCUGGCUACCACGGGGAGGUUUCCUUCCUGAAGGAAGAUCUGUGGAAGGUGGAUCUUUCUGACUGCCACAACGUGAUCGUGUUCCUGGCCCCCAGCGUGAAGCCUCUCCUGGCCACCAAGCUGCUGGCAGAACUGCCUGAUGGAGCCCGGGUGGUGGCCGGGCGCUUCCCCUUCCCCUCCUGGAGCCCCAGCAGCACCCUGGGGCAGGGGCUGGAGCAGGUCUGGGCCUAUGACAUGAGGGAGGUGCGACGAGCAGCACGGGGAGAAGCUGGGUCCACCCCCAACCCCGUGGAACCUUAA